AUGCAUGAGUUAGGAACUGAUGAUGAAGAAGUGAUUGAGAGCGCUAAAUCACUUCGAAGAAGUGACGGAGCUCAGACAGAACUAGACCUACAGGCCCUAGUUCACGAGUCAGAACUCCGCGAAAGUGAAGACACAAGACUAAGUGCAUCUGACGAAACAUCAGAUUCAGAUGACUACCCACUCUCGCAACUAGCAACCAGAAAGCGAGGUCCAGUCUAUAAAUCAACGAAUGUAACUAUAUGGCAAAAAGGUGUUCCACCAGCAACGCGUAUUCGACCGCAUAACAUUAGGAUAAGACCACCAGGCCCAAAAGGAGACGCUGCUAGGAAUGCGAAGGAUCCGGUGUCGUGUUUUGAUUUAUUUUUCACGACUUUUUUUUGGAUUUAUCUUGGAAAUCUUAGUAAGGUGCACCAAUAUUAA